AUGGAGCCCCUUGAAGCUAUCCUCCACACGCUCUUCCGUCCCAAGUGGGAGAGGGAUCCCAACGACAGCGAGUACGAUGGCAUCAAGGAGAUGCGGGAGGUGUGCUCGGAGAAGUUGACCGUCUCCUUCUGCCACAGCUGGCCGACCCCGAUCACCAUAGAAAAGGAUGCAUACUUCGAACACCUCGAGGCCAUGGCGGAGGCGUUUCCCGACUGGAGCUACAGGGCCAAGGUCUGGAGGUCGAGCUCGGGGCAGGCGCAGGAGGAGGAGGGGAAGGACGGGAGGGUUGUCUUGUCACUUGUGAUGGAUCCUUGUGGGACACACACGGGCGUUCUGAAGCUUUUCGGGGAAGUGGUUCCUGCCACUGGCAAGAAGUUGACGUUUCCUAAAGAACUUGUUCACGUUCACUUCGACAAAUCGGGAGGAGCUCCGCUAGUUCAUCACAUCGAAUUCUCAAAAGUGAUCGACAUGCAAGCCAACAACACAGGAGACCUUGCGGGAGUACCUGGGCUCCUCUUCGCCCUCAGCCGUCCCAUCCCUCCUCCUGCCUCCCAUAUCUUGUCGACAGUUCCUCCCUACACGGCAGCAGACAAUCGAGAUCCGAACUUCAAGCUGAGGAUACAGGUUUUCAAACAGAUCUGCCGGAGGGUCGACGCGGACAAGCUGCAGCUCCGGCAGCUGAUCACCGACCAGAAGGUCGAACUCCAACGGCACCUUGACUACCUCAACGCUAUUCGCAACUACUGCUGA